CUUUAUAAUGGCAGGUUCAACAAUGAGAGCAAUACUGUGGGGUAUGUGGAUGAGAGCAGUAGAGGCCAUUGCAUCUCCCCACUGCUCUAUGAAACAGGAUGGAUCCCUUUGCACAUCUCCUCAGAUAAUGGCACUAUAUUCAAUAGAGUUGGAGCCUGGCUUUCAGUACAUACUGGCAAGUUAGACUCCAAGUUCAAGGCGAUUCUGGUCAACUCAACAAAAUGGCAGUACUAUGGCACACCUAAUGUUGGAGGCACUCUUGAGAUGACUUGGAACUCCUCUCUGGUCAGAGCUGAGAGGGUCAAUAUAGAGCUCUGGGGAUACAGGGAGACAGGAGAGCCCUAUUCAGUCUCCUGGCAUGGUCAGUGGGAGUAUCUGUACUCACUCACAAAGGAUCAGACCAACAAUGGUUCCUUUAGCUUUUUGCCCAAACCAGCAGAAAACGGCUUUUCAAGCUGGGAGCUCGGCGCUCUGCGCGUCAGCCCCAGUACUUACCCUGAUGGCAUGUGGAAUGUCCAAGCUGCAUGGACUGAGGAUCACGCUUUAGCUUGGCAUCUGGAGGAGAGGUUCAGGCAGGACUCAACAGUUUGGGCCCAGGAGAAAUGUUUAGCAUGGGACCAGCUGGAAAAUCAGCUGCCCAACUUCCUCAGUGAGAUCAUAGACUGCCCCUGCACCCUGGCUCAAGCAAGAGCGGACACCGGGAGGUUUCAUACUGAUUACGGCUGUGACAUAGAGAAAGGGAGUGUGUGCACCUACCACCCUGGGAGUGUUCACUGUGUGAGGGCGAUACAAGCCAGUCCUGUGUAUGCAGCAGGACAACAGUGUUGUUAUGACAGCACCGGUGCUCAGGUCCUGACAGCAGACUCCAUCGGGGGUAGUACUCCAGACCGAGCACACGACUGGGGCUCACCUCCCUACAGGAAACCUCCUCGAAUUCCUGGACAGUCCCACUGGGUCUAUGACGUCCUCAGCUUCUACUACUGCUGCCUGUGGUCGGACAACUGCCAGUACUACUUCAAACACAGGCCCUCCAGUGACUGCAGGCGUUACCAGUCUCCCAGCUCAGCUGUGGUGUUUGGAGAUCCACACUUCAUAACAUUUGACGGUGUCAGCUACUCCUUCAACGGCAAAGGAGAAUACACUUUGGUGACCUCGGCGAAGAGAGGGUUGACAAUCCAAGGCAGAACAGAACCUGUGAAUGGAACAAUAAAAGCAACGAUGUUAACAGCCGUGGCCAUGAAGGAAGCAUCCUCUGAUGUUAUUGAGGUGCGGCUCGACAGCGGCCACAAAGGCCUUCAGGUGCUGCAGAAUCAAAAAACCCUGUCCUUUGCUGAGCAGAGCUGGAUGGACCUGCAUGGUGUGUUUGUGUUUUCUCCUACCUCGGCAAAUGUGACCGUGAUGUUCCCCACUGGAGCCGGGGUGGAAGUGCGACUGAGAGAGGGAACCAUGACAACCACUGUGCUCUUGCCAGAAGUGUUCAGUGGCUCUACUCUGGGAUUGUUGGGAAAGAUGAACGGAGACGCCAGUGACGACCUCGUCCUCAGCAACGGUCAACUUGUGCAGAACCUCAGCAACCCAGAGGAGCUGUUCAGCUUUGGGGCAAGCUGGGCGGUAUCCAACAAAUCUGCCUUGUUCACAUAUGAUUCAAAAUAUCUGUUGGACACAUAUUAUGAUGCUCCCAGACAUGACCACACUUUUAUUCCAGUGUUCUUUGUCCCUGAGACUCCAGAUGAUCCAUUGGACAAUCAGGCAUCUGAGAUAUGCUCUGGAGAGGGAUCCGAGUUCUGUAGGUAUGAUAUCCUGGUAGGUCGUAGUCCAAGAAUGGGAAAUGCUACCAGGUUGUCUUUCCAGAGUCACAUUGCUCUUGUGGAUGAUCUAAAGUCAGUGGUAUCCUGCGGCUGGCUUUCACCGCCAAGUAAUGGGAAGAAAGAGGGGACCACAUAUUUACAAGGAGCUAAGGUUGGGCUUUCCUGUGAUGAUGGCUACACUCUGAAGGGAUCAGCAGAGCGCGUGUGCCAGGAGAACGGCCAGUGGUCUGGAGAGGAGACGAGCUGCGUGGUUCCCAGUAAUAUCACAGGAAUUGUGGUCGGGUCAGUCCUUGGAGGUGUCGCACUCAUUGUUAUUAUAACAACAAUCGUACUCCACUCCAGAAAACAGAAAAGAAAAGCUUCAAGGGAGAUGAUUAAUACCUUCUAACCACUAUUUUUGCUUCACUGUGCAUGCUCAUAUCUUCACCUAUUGAAAAAUGAAAAACUUUAAAAUGAAUACAUACAUAACUAACACUUACAUAAGAGAUAAUAGAUACUAGAUCAUAAGGUUGACAAAAGGUCCCUGCACAGUUAGAGAGUAACUACACGCUACGUCUUCCAAGGCAGAAAAAAAACUUCUGAUCACAGCCACCGUCACUGCACAGCAUUCUGGGCUUAAAAUGGCAGAUUUGUUUUUAUUGUGAAGUGAAAACACAUUGUUGAUGAAGGUUUGUUGGGUUCAUUUUCACAGCAAGUCACAGUUGGCCUUAUUCAACUGUAUAACAACUGGCCUGUUCAAUAAGCUACCAAUAACUGAUAACAACCCUGUGAUACAUGGAGCGGAGUCCUACCUGCAGCUAUUUAAACACUCCAUUAUUAUUAAAGUCAUAGACUGAAAAUAUCCAUAGAGUUUUAAGUGUUUGAGCCACUGAAGAAAAAGAAAGUCUUCGGUCUUCAGAUCACCUGUAUAUGUGCAGGUGACUGUCAAAAGAAUUGAACACUGCUGUGUAUGUACUGUUUGUGUAUUAAACUGUUUAUUUUUGAAUUUGUUGGACAAUAAAG